GCCUAUAAGGCCUGCAUCUGUGGUGUGCAUGCAGCAGCAAGCAUAUCGCGCACACGACGAGCUUCCAUAUAUGGGAAUGGACGGCGAUUCUUCAUACUCACCGGCAUUGGCCGCCGUCGCCGGCGCCGUCGCGCUGGUGGCGUUCUGCUCCUACUACCUGGCCGUCACCCGCGCCACCGGCGACGGCGAGGCGAGGCGGCGGCGGCGGCGGCACCCGCCGGUGGUCGGCACGGUGUUCCACCAGCUGUACCACGUCCGGCGGCUGCACGACUACUACACGGCGCUGUGCCGGGAGCACACGACAUUCCGACUGCUCGCGACGCCCGGCCGCCGGAACAUAUACACGUGCGAUCCGGCCGUCGUCGAGCACAUCCUCCGGACCAACUUCCCCAGCUACGGAAAGGGCCCGUUGAACUCCGAGAUCCUGAAUGACCUGUUCGGGGAAGGUAUCUUCGCCGUCGACGGCGAGAAGUGGAAGACGCAGAGGAAGAUCGCCAGCUACGACUUCACCACGAGGGCCCUCCGCGACUUCAGCAGCGACGUCUUCAAGAGGAACGCCGCGAAGCUCGCCGGCGUCGUCUCCAACCACGCGGCGUCAAACCAAUCCAUGGACUUCAAGGGGUUGUUGACGAGAGCAACGAUGGACUCCAUCUUCACCAUCGCCUUCGGGCAAGACCUCAACACGCUGGAUGGCUCCGGCGAGGGGCGCCACUUCGCCAAGGCGUUCGACGACGCCGGCGAGUACCUCCUGCUCCGCUACCUCAACCCGUUCUGGAAGCUGGCCAGGCUGCUCAACGUCGGCGCCGAGGCGACGCUCAAGGAGAGGAUCAAGGUCGUCGACGAGUUCGUGUACAAGCUCAUCCGUGCCAGGUCCGACGAGCUCUCCAACACCAUGGCACAAGAUCAUCGUUCCAGGGAUGAUCUCCUGUCAAGAUUCAUCCAGGCAACGACCAGCGAUUCUGGGACGGUUGAUUACAAGUACCUGAGAGACAUUGUUCUGAACAUUGUCAUAGCCGCCAAGGACUCGACAUCGGGGUCGCUUGCUUGGUUCCUGUACAUGGCGUGCAAGCGCCCGGAAGUCCAGGAGAAGAUUUUCGACGAAGUCAUGGAGACCACCAACGCCGGGGACUGCGCUUCCAUCGACGAGUUCUUGACGAGCCUUACCGACCAAGCACUGAACAAGAUGCACUACCUGCACGCUGCACUGACGGAGACGCUCAGGCUGUACCCUUCAGUUCCACUGGAGAACAAGCAGUGCUUUUCGGACGACGUGUUGCCCAACGGUUUUAGCGUCAGCAAGGGGGACGGGGUAUUCUACAUGCCCUACGCGAUGGGGAGGAUGGAGUUCUUGUGGGGUAAAGACGCUGAAGCUUUCCGACCUGAACGUUGGCUCGACGAGCACGGCGUGUUUCAGCAGGAAAGCCCAUUCAAGUUUACAGCUUUCCAGGCCGGCCCAAGAAUCUGCAUCGGGAAGGAUUUCGCGUACAGGCAGAUGAAGAUCUUCGCGGCCGUGCUGAUCCGUUCCUUCGUGUUCAAACUUCGCGACAAGAAGGACAACGUCAGUUACAGGACAGCGAUUACGCUUGCCAUCGAUCAGGAUCUCCAUCUGACUGCUACGGCAAGAUGAGUGUACAGUGUACACUAUACACUAUACAGUGACAGUGGCACGUAGGGCAGCUGACUCUACUCACGCUAGUGACAGCUCCUUGUGAAAACAUAAUAAUAAUAUCUCUCGAAAAUAAUAUAGCUGCAAACUUAAUUGUGUCUGAUUGCAAA